AAUUCAUCUCCAUAUAAUAUAUCCAAUGGCUUCCUACUCAAACUUAAUUGCCAAGCUCUUCCUCCUUCUCCAAAUUAUAACUAGUCUUUUAUCAAUCUCCUCUUUUAAAACAGUUUUAUCAUCACUUCAUGAUGCAGCACCAAACUCAACUGAUCUCUUCAGAGAAUACAUUGGUGCUGAGUUCAACGGUGUCAAGUUCUCCGACGUCCCCAUAAACCCACAUGUGGACUUCCACUUCAUCAUCUCCUUCGCCAUCGACUACACAACCACCUCCAACUCCCCUUCUCCUACCAAUGGCCACUUCAACAUCUUUUGGGACACUGAUAACCUCACCCCUUCCCAAGUAAUCUCCAUCAAGCAAAACCACAACAACGUCAAAGUGGCUCUCAGUUUGGGAGGAGAUAGCGUCGGUGAUGGCCACUACGCAUACUUCAACCCAUCUUCAGUAGACUCAUGGGUCAGCAACGCAGUCACUUCUCUGACCAACAUCAUCCAACAGUACAACUUAGACGGCAUCGACAUCGACUACGAGCACUUCGACGCCGAUCCUGACACCUUCGCCGAGUGCAUCGGCCGGUUACUGACCACUCUAAAGACCAACGGGCUCAUAUCCUUCGCUUCCAUUGCACCCUACGAUGAUGAUCAGGUUCAAAGCCAUUACCAGGCGUUGUGGCGGAAAUAUGGACAUGUCAUAGACUAUGUUAACUUUCAGUUCUAUGCUUAUGAUGCUGGAACUACGGUGUCUCAGUUUUUGGGCUAUUAUGAGAGGCAGAGUGAGAAGUACAAAGGUGGUAAGAUUUUGGCAAGCAUGGCCACUGAUGGCAGUGGUGGUUUGUCUCCUCAGAAUGGGUUCUUUAGGGCGUGCACUACUUUGAGGGAGCAGGGUAAACUCCCAGGUAUCUUCAUCUGGUCUGCUGAUGAUUCCAUGGCCAAUGGUUUCCCUUAUGAGAAGCGAUCCCAAUCAUUAAUGGCCGCCACCAAAAGUCAGCUUCCAUAAAUUUAUUUUAACAGAAUAUAUUCUAUGUUAUAUAUGUUCGUUCUGUUUAUAUAUAUAUAUAUAUACAAGCGCUGUAUACUUUGAGUUUGAGUUUGUGAAAGUUAAUUUAGUAUCUUGUUUGUGUUAAUACAUAUGGAUACAUAUUACAGAUGGAAG